ACCCCGCCGCGGUCUCCCGGAAAUAGAGUCCGCGUCAUCAGCGACGGUCUGGGGCUGUCUGAUGAAAUCUGUUGGCGGACGGACGGAGGGAGCAACGCGGUCGGUAAAGCGCUGUUUUUUUCGGAGACUGGAGCAGGACAGGCACCGGGAGUAGGGAGAACACUACCGCAUCGUGGUGACAAAGAGGAUCCGCGCAGAUUUGGGUCGAAUAUUUGAACCUGACUCCGCCUCCGGGUCACUAACCGUCAGGCUAACUAGCUGCUAACGCUAAGCUAACGUGCUAAGCUUACACUGCCGAGCCGAGCCGAGCCUUUCCCCGGAGUGCCAAAGCAGACAGAAUGGCCCGUUUCUCGGCUCCACUUUGGGACCUCUUCGUGUUUCAUGACUCAGGCUUCUCUCCCUCCACCAGCACCGUCCUCACAGAGUUCUCCACCAGAAAGAAGCGCCAACCUCAGCAGAGCACCGCGGCCCAAGCCGGGCUCCCGGACCUCGGAUAUUCCUGUAACCGCGGUCUGUGUGUGUGGCGGCCAGAGUAGACGUGAUGGCCCGCUGACAGGCCUGAGUGUGUGUGGAUUAGCGGCUAAAAGCGUAAUUCUAAGAGCCAGUUUGUAUUAAAAGUUGUUUGUGUGCACUUUAAACUGAGGACAUGUUCAGAAAUAUGAGUAAUGAAGGACAUCUAACGGGCGGGAGAAGCACGCCUUCCUCCGUGCUGGAUACCCAGGAAAGCUCGUGGAUCGGGAUGUUGUCCAGGCCUGCCCUGGCACUCCUGCAGAAGAUCCGAAACCGGACUAUGAAGACCAGUUUCGUUAAUGAAGAGAGCGACUUUUUAAGCCAGCUGGACGACGUGCAGCUCGGUCCUCCACACCUGUCCUACCUGCAGUGUGAGCACGACGGAGCUGCUGGGCUGCAGGAUCCCCGGGGCGCCGGCAGUCUGCCGUGGCUUUCCACGGACUCUUUGAGGGAAAUCGGGCUCCAGAGCGGGACAGAGGUGGACCUGAGCCUCUGUCAGCAGACCCAGUUUGGGUAUUUCUCCUCGGUCCGGACUGUUCUGGGCCAUGUUCUGCUGAGCUCUCAGGAGGUGAGAGCUGCCGGGGGGCAGAGCUGGAGCCCCUCAACCAGCAGGACAUGGUGGGGCAGCUUCUGGGGGGGUAAGGAGAGCUCGCAGAGGGGGCAGUUGUCAGAUGUUCCCUGGGUUGAGGAGGGGGUGCUUGCUGGCCGGCUUUGUCCUCAACAAACGCCCCGCAGGAAGCUGGGAGAAAACGCUGGACCUGCUGACCACAAAGGGCACCUGCCGAACAAUGGAGGCCUUCACACAGUCCAGAACGCAGAGGAGGCCACGUCGGACCGCCGGCUCAGCAUCGGAGACCAGCUGAGCUGCUCAGGAGCCACUGCUGCUGGGGAGGCCUCACCUGUCACCCCUGAGCAGGACAAUGGUUACUCCAGCCUGGAGGAGGAACACCUGUCCACUCUGACAUCCCCCAGAGAGGAGCUUCCUCUGCAGGAAGCAGAAACAUCUGAGUGUGUGGAAAUGGAGGGAGACACCUCAGAGGAAGAGGAGGAGGAGGUGCUCGCGGUCCCACAGUGCCGGAACAAAACCAUCAACUUCAUCAUGGGAGGCCCCUGCAGUGAGGAUGAGUCCAGCCAAUCAGAGGACUCGUCCUCAGACGACGACGAUGAUGAUGGCUUUGACAGCGAGGGUUCCUCUGAACUGUCUGACGACACUGAUGAGGAUGAGGAUGAUGGUGAUAAUUCAGACAGCGAGGCAGACUCGGAGGCAGAGCGUCUGUGGAGCUCUUUGUGCCAAAAUGAGGACCCCUACAAUCCCCGAAACUUCACCGCUCGCCUCCACAACAUCCCUGCCUCCACAUCACCAUCCUCUCCCCACUCCACCCCCUCCUCUUCCCCUCCCUCCGGUUCUGACUCAUGGGACGACUCAGCCUCUGCAAGUGAGGUGGAUGAGGAGAGCCUCCGCCUGUGGGACUCCUUCAGCUCUUCCCCAGACCCCUUCAACCCCCUUAACUUCCAGGCUCCAAUCAGGACUCACAAGCCCCCCAAGGUGAGGGCCAGAAAGACCUCCCCCUGCCAUAAUCCAGCGUCUCCGCCCGAGUACAGGAAAGAGGAGGCGGAGGAGAGGCUGGACAGCGGCUUCUGUGAGGCCUCCACCACUCGGAGCUGUGGCUCCAUCAAAAAGGUUCGUUUUUGUGAUGACGUGAAGGAAUUCUUCGCCAGCUGUGGGGAGGAGGACCGGCGGGGCCCGUGGGAGGAGCUGGCCCGCGACCGCUGCCGCUUCCUGCGACGCUGCCAGGAGGUGGAGCAGAGCAUCGCUUACUGCCUGCAGCCACAGCACCGCCGCCGUGUGUACGAGCGGCUCGCCGUCCUGUGACGAUGAACCGAACUCUUCAGAGUGUUUGUGCAGUUUUCAGAGAGUCGGACGGACGUCGCGUGGACCUGAGCCGAGGCCGAACCCGGCUUCACUGUGAGGAAGAACACAGCUGGCUUCAGAGCGACACCUCCUGUGUUCUUCAGGGUUUCUGAGCUCUGUCCCUCAUCUUCAUCAUCCUCAGCUUUCAUCUCAGACACACAAACUGCUGCUUCCAUCUCUGAAACAGAACCUUCAGUCUGAGUUAAACUCAUGCAGGACACACGUCCACAUUAGUGACUGUGUGACCCUCUCCCAGAGGAACCCUUUAACUAAUGAAACAGGUGGUCUUCACCUUUUUGCUCUUUAGAUCUUCUCAGGUGGACAGAACCACCAACAUGUUCAUCUUUAAAACAUGUCCAGUGUUAGAGGUGCCAAACUAAAGUGUGGAGGUCCACAGCGCCAGCAGCUCCUCAUCAUCUUUAGGGUUCUGCUUCCUCAUACAAACCUGUAAAACUCACUUUAUCACAGCUGAUGUGGUUCCAGCUUCCUGCAGAUCAGUGUUAAACGUGUGAGCGAUGGAAACAGCAGCUUCAGUCUGAAGGUGAAACUGAUGAUGAUGAGCUGAAGGCUCCACACCCUGUAACAAACCAGUAAAGCAUCCCAGUUUGCAGCAGCUGUGGCGUCCAGCUGUUUUUCUCUCUGAAGCCAAAGAAGUGUGUGCGUGUGCCUGCCUGCGUGUGUGCGCACACGUGCGAAAGAGCUCUGCAUGAUUUCAUCUGUAAUGUAGAAAAAGUUUCUCCCCCUGCUCAGAAUCACUGAUAAUCAAUCCUGAGUAUUCCCGAUCACUGUGGUAUUAACCCUGUGUUGAACUGAACGUCCAGCAGGAGGCGCUCUCAUUCUCACUCUGUCUAAACAAACAUCAAUACUUUCCUCUUGAAUCACUUUAGAUGAUUACUGACUUCACUGAUUGAUCACUGAUUGGCUGAUCGGAGGGACCGUUGAGCUCUGCGUUCUUUAUCAAACUAAAAGCUGCAUUAAAAAUCAGUGAAACUGCAAACACAGAAAACCUGCAGCACAAACCGACUCGUUCUCCUGAGCGCCCGCCGCCACUCGUCGGCGUCUCGGACGUUCAGUUCAACGGUCAGAAAUGCUGAGUCACUGUGACGCGAGACGGAGGCAGAUGUUCCAGAUGUUUCUGUGGCUGAUGAAAGCAGGAAGGACUUCAGGCCUUGAUCUGCACAAACUGUUUGGUGUUAUUUUAGUGAGAAAAAGCUUUUUAUUUUUCUAACAGUGUGUUUGGUGGGAACUUGUGCUUAUUGAUCGUCUCACAGACUACAUAUGAAUCUAAAUAAAACCAGUAUUUAAUGAUCGCA